CUCAGUUUGAAUUGUGUUGUUAUGAUUUACAAAGUUUGUUCACAUUGUGGUUUCAUUUCUAGAAAUAAAAUUAUUUAGUUCCAAAGGCCAAAGAUACAUACUCAAUAUGUUGAGCGAUUGGAGAACUUGGUGCCGCUUGUGUGCUCAUGAGUACGCUAGCUUUGAGUUGGAAUCGUUGGAUGAGCUGAAUGAAAUAAUGAAGAGGCAUUUCCAUUUUACGAUACAAGAUCUCGACAAAGUAAGCAGCUGUAUCUGUGAAGGAUGCUACAAUUUCAUCAAUAAGCUGGACGAUUUUGAAGUACGCUGUUUCCAAACGAGCAAGAUGUUGUUUGAACUUUGUGUAGCUAGCACAACUUGUGACAAUUUGUUAGAAAGCUUUAUCCAGGAUUCACGUUCUCGAUUUUUAAGUCAGCCUUUUGUAGCCAGUAAAGAUGAUAAUGUAUGCCUCAAUUUGAAUACAGACCGAGCUAAGCAACAAGAAACCACCAUGACGAGAAUUAGUAGCGAUGUUCAACAUGAGUCCCUUGAACCUGAAACGAUUGAGGAUUUACAAGAAGACCUUGAAACCACAUUCGAAAUUGAUGAUAGUCGAGUGAUGCAAGCAGAGCAUACAAUGGAACCAACAAGCAAGCCAGAGGGGGACAAUUUAGUUAUAUUUGACGAAAUGUCGUCAUCCAAACGAGAAGAACAAACAACAAGGGAAACGAUAACAUUAUCCAAUGAAACAAGUAAAAAGGGAUACAAACCAACUUUGAAUGACGUUCCUCAAAGUGAUUUAUACGAUGAUCAGGAUGUGGAUUACAAUGCCUUGAACGAAUUGGAGUCUGAGAGUGAAACAGAGGCAGAAGAAACUUGUGAAACAGGUCGAAAUAAUUCAGCAAAAAACAAUGAGACAAUGCCAACGUCCGGACGAGAAGUUGAAAUGCCUUCGCUUGCUAAUCUUCCAAGUGAUCAAAAGUUGGAUUACUCUUGUGGAUAUUGUGAUAAGAAGUUUAGUGAACUACGACUUGUACAAGCACAUUUCAAAGAGAUCCAUAUCGGAGAGCGGCCAUACAGCUGCAAGGAUUGUAAUCAAUCUUACGCCACUGAACAAUCGUUAGAAGAGCAUAGAGCCACCCAUCUAAAUGAAGAGUUAUAUCAAUGUUCUUAUUGUCCGAGAAAAGUUAAAUAUUUAUUUCGACUUAAGCUCCAUGAAAGCGUCCAUAAAGAAGCAUUACACAUUUGUCCUCACUGUGGUGUGCAGCUGAAAACAAAGCGAACGCUGAGAUCGCAUAUGCUUACGCACUCGGUUGACAAAAUGUUCAAGUGCCCGCACUGUGACUGUGAGUACAAGCGAUCAGUAUCACUGAGAACCCAUAUUGUCAAACACCCGGGAGUGAAGCUCUUCAAGUGUACGUUUUGCGAAAAAGAAUUUGUUUUCACCUUCCAGCGUAGAGCUCAUGAAAAAAUAUUGCACCCCAAGGAAUUCGCGUUAUUAGAGGCAUCAAAAGGUGAAUCAGGAUGAUCAAAUAUUUCUCAUGUUGAGAAUAAUAUACUAAACUAAUAAAAUAA